AGUGUACCGCGAGACAGGUGCGCGGGAGCACGCACUUUCCGUUUUGUUACGUUUUAUCAGUUUUGUUUUACGUCGAUAGUUUCGUUGUCAGUUUUGUUACGGGAAAGUGGGUUUUAUUGGUUACGAGUGUGUGAUCCUGUGAGAAGAUUUUGUGUGUGUCUAGCUGUAGCUAGAUUAAUAAUUAAAAAUCUUGGGAUUAUAUAGUGUGUGUGCGUAAUUUGUUUGACGUGUGUUGUGUUUCUUGUUGAAUUUAAGUGACAUGGGAUUUUGAUUUGAUUACUUAAUUGAAGCCCGAAGAUGUCCGCCGCGGGGGUGGUAAACAAGGCCUUUGACGCAGGCGACGAUGGCUUUCACACCAUCGACCUGCGACCGCGCCGAGGGGAAGCACAUGCUACUAUGCGUGAAUCAGAACCCGAACCCGAACGGCAGACAGAAUCCGGGCCCGAACUGCGGUGCGGUUGGGGCGCGCUGCGACCGAGCUGGCUGCAGCGCUUCAGGACCGCGAAAUGGGCGCUUUUCUGGCUCUGUUGGGCCGGCGCUGUUCAGGGUAUGGUGGUGAAUGGGUUCGUGAACGUGGUCAUCACGACUAUUGAGAAGAGGUUCGGGCUGAGGUCAAUGCAGACGGGAGUUAUAGCUGGAGGGUACGACAUGGCAUCAUUCAUCUGCCUAGCCCCCGUCACCUACCUGGGCGGGCGGCAGGGCGCCUCCAAGCCCCGCUGGCUGGGCUGGGGCGCCCUCAUCAUGGGCGCCGGCUCGCUCAUGUUCGCCCUACCGCACUUCCUGGUGCCCCCCUACAGGGCCGCCCACAGGGAGCGACUAGACAUUUGCCAUGGAAAUAGUACUGUGUCAUCGUACCUCUGCGAAGAAAGCGGGCCAUCUGAAGGCGGGUCCUGGGCGGUGGCCAUCUUCGUUUUCGCACAACUGCUGCAUGGCGCUGGUGCCACGCCGCUGUUCACUCUGGGAGUAACUUAUAUUGAUGAGAACGUUUCGAAGAAGAUGUCAUCGGUGUACCUUGGUGUGUACUACACAAUGGCCGUGGUGGGCCCAGCGCUGGGCUACGUGGUGGGUGGGCAGAUGCUCAAGAUCUAUACAGAUUUCGUUACUGUGGACUCUGAAGCUCUCGGCAUAACUCCAGUAAGCUCCGUGUGGAUCGGCGCGUGGUGGAUCGGGUUUCUGUUAUCAGCUCUCCUUUGCCUCAUAGUAGCAGUGCCGCUGCUGGCUUUCCCCUACGAGCUCCCAGGCGCUGAAGAAAUCCGCAACUCCAAAGUCUCCGAAGCUCACGACUCAGCCUCCAAAUCCGCCGCUUUCAGCUCCCUCCGAGAGCUGCCUCGAGCAGCCACGGCGCUGCUCCGGAACCCCACGUUCCUAUUCCUGAACCUGGCCGGCGCUAGCGAGGGCAUGAUGAUAUCAGGCUUCGCCGCGUUUCUGCCCAAGCUGAUCGAGAACCAGUUCGCGGUUAGCGCGUCUGAGGCUGCUCUGUUGUUAGGUGUCAUCACGGUUCCUGCGGGCGGAGGUGGAACAUUCCUUGGAGGCUGGCUGGUCAAACGCUGGAAUCUCGCCUGUGCCGGCAUCAUCAAGUUAUGCGUGGCUGCAACGUUGGUCGCUGCUGCCUUUACGUUUAGCUUCGUGCUGACUUGUGACGAUUAUCCCUUUGCUGGCGUCACAGUGGGAUAUAACUCUCCUAGUGUGGCUGGUUCGGACCGAUUGGCGGCGGCCUGCAACACCAACUGCGGGUGCUCCGGCGCGGCGUUCGCGCCCGUCUGCGGCGCCGACGGCGUCGUCUACUACUCGCCCUGCCACGCCGGCUGCAGCACCGGAGUGCUCGCCGGGGCAGCGCAGCUGUAUAGCGACUGUGCUUGCAUCGGCAAUGGGACCUCGCUCUACACUGUUCCAGAUUCGAACGUGUCAGUCCCGUACGAAGCCAUCAACAGCAUCUGCAGCUCGUCCUGCCCGUAUCUGUGGUUGUUCGUGUUCCUCUCUUUCUGCGUCAUGCUGUUCACUUUCAUAGCUACCAUGCCCGCACUUUCUGCUACACUGAGAUGCGUACGCGAAGACCAGCGUUCAUUCGCGCUCGGUAUCCAAUGGAUCAAGGUCCGUCUUCUGGGCACCAUCCCAGCUCCAUUACUCUUCGGAUUCCUCAUUGACCUGUCGUGUUCCUUGUGGGCGCGGACCUGCGACCGCUCUGGGGCUUGCUUGCUUUAUGAUAACUACAAUAUGAGCAGGUACAUGCUAGCCCUGGCUCUCAUUGGCAAGCUCUGUUCUCUUCUCUUCUUCUUCCUUGCCUGGUGGUUCUACCGACCGCCGGGCGGCAAGACCGGCAACGCCGUCGUACCUUCUGUGGACCUUGUGGUCUGCGCUGAGAAGACCAACGGGGUUGCCAACGGUAAUGUUGCCAACGGAGAUAAAGUGGGGAACGGGUAUUGUAACGCGGCGUUGGAAUGUAGUGAGCAUUUGUAAGAUUGGUUUUUGGUAAACGACUUUUUUAAGUAGAUUGACCUGGUAAUGGAAGUUAAGAUAUUAGGAUUUUGGCACCCUUUGAUAAGGAUAGCCUUAUUGCUAUUUUAUACUGAAUUUACACGCUUCGUACUGAAUUUACAUACAUAGGUAAUGAAGGAAUUAUCAUAAUUUUCUCGAAACCCAAAAUAUGCCAGUAAACCUUAACGUUGAGCGUUUUCUGAAUAUUCAACAUACCUAUGAAUGUUAUCUUUUAGAUUUGCCUUAGCAUACAAGGUACCUAUAUUUAUUACUUAAAAAUACCUAAUACUUAGGUAUCCAGUAUUUUAUAUUUAGGUAACCAGGUGAAGGGUAAUUUUACCCAUUUUUAAAUCCUUCUCUUUUAAGUAGCUUUGCUCGGAAAUCGGUAUAAUUAGUCAAUUUUAUCGAUAAGUACACUUGGUAGCAAAGGUACCAAUAAUAAUUACUUACCAAUCUUACCAUUAAGGUCCAUGCGUAAAUACCACAGUCGCAAAUUGCAUAAUUUAAGUACCCUUUAGAAACUUGAGAAAGCUGUGGGUAGUUUUAAAAUAAUAACAUUAAAAUACCUAAAAUACUUUGCCGACGUCAUUUACUCAUUUAUAAUAAUGUCAUGUCAUGAUCGUAGUGAUUCGGCGUAAAAAAAAAGUAAAUUACGCACAUGGAAAUCUAACGAAAACUAGGACUUCCACAUUUUGAUUUAGUAAAACAGACUUUUACUGUUAUUUAGAACUACCCUCAAUUUUCCCAAGAUAUUUUAACGCAUGUACAUUAAUCAUUCCAAACAUUCUUAGGUACCUCCUGAAUUGUCAGUACAGUACGAUACACUAUGCAGUAUCGGCAGCAAUCGGGUAUUCAGGUAGCAGUAAUGUUGCACCGAUUCCACUGCCAUUACUGCCAAUUCAGGAAAGGGCCUUUAGUUAAGGCAAAGAUUCAUUCAUUGUGUUGUAUAAAAUCUAAGACAAAUUCAUGCCUCGAAUUUGACAGUGUAGGUGGCGCUGUUCGGUCUGUAUGUCUCAAUGGCACUCUUUGUUAGAGAAAGAUAGUCUUAUUGCGAUUCCUAUAAGAGGAAAGAGAAAAUAGUGCCAUGCUUUGUCCUUAUCACCGACCGGGUGGCAUCAUAGGUAGGAGGCGAUGGCGAAAUACCGAAAUUUAUAAGUGAAAGAGAAAAAAUCCUAUGCUGCCCAAAUUUUAUAUGAAUAUUCUUUCUCUUACCCCCGGUCGCUCGGUGGCGCGUCUAUAACUACUUGUAUAUACUAUGUCUAUGGAUGUAGGGCACAACUGGCACAAGCUCUUCUUCAAGUGUCAAACUCGGAGGCACGAUUUUUUUCUUACGUCUUAUACAAUUAAUGAAUUUAUCGUUAAGGCCUGAUGUAAUUGUAAAGUAUCUGUGAUGUGUAGUUUUAACGAUAUUUAUGUACCCGUUCAUAUUAAUUUAGGGUUUUUAGUUGUAUUAUAUUAAAUAUUUAUUUAGCGUGUGUAAUUUUAUAAUAAUAAUAAUUCUAAUGCAGUGUUUUCUGAGAUUUAAUAAAUAAACGAACUUGGUUAACUUUGAGCCGUGUGUAUAUUUGGUCAUGAAAUCGAAAUUUAUCUGUCUGUCACUAGCAAAAACGACUUUUUAACGUUUCCCGAGACUAAGACUAAAUUUUUUGACCAUAAACUACAACCGAGUUCGUUUAUUAUUUUUUUGCACGGAAACGCCAUGACGUGUAUACCUACACGUCAAGAAGUAAUGAAAAAAAUAACUAAUAAUGCAAACAACAAACAUGUUUCUGUAAUUUUAUUAUUGUUCUAGUCCUUAUCUACUACUUAGUUCUGAUUUUAAAUAGAUUUUUAAACGAAUAUUGGCGGUUCGUGCGUUCUGUAAGAGCAAAUUUUUGGAAACCGGGUUCUGGCAAUCGAUGGGCUCCUAUACAACACAAAAUGAUCUUAAUUUUGCUGCGCUAAGUAAAAAAAAAAAACUUAAGGUAAAUAUUAGACUAGAGAGUACAAUGUGUAACGGCACAAUUUUAAUAUUUUUAAUCGGAUUUUUAUGUAAUUGAUUAUUUAUUUGGCCACUUAUUUAUUAAUGUUUGUUGUUAUUUUAAGAUAUAAUUGGGUAGGUAACUUAGGCAAAUAAUAUUUUUAUCCGAUAGUAUUCGUCAUAACGAUCACGGAAAUGCUGUCAUUCGGCAAUGACAGCUAAGUGACACUGACAGUUGAUAUCGUUUUUUUUUCUAUCUCAUCAAUUAAAUCACGUGCACAGGCAUUAGUGCCUGAUCUGCUAUUAAAUUUCACAAACGUCAUCUCGGUCACUUAAAAAAAUAUAUUAAAUAAAUAAUACGAAAUAAAAAUAAAAGAGCUGCAUUUCCGUGAUCGUUAUGACGAAUACUAUCGGAUAAAAAUAUAAUUUGCCUAUCUUCAAAAACUUUACCUACCCAAUUGUGGUACGACUUAUCUAUAAGCAUAUGCUUAUAUAUGACGUAUCGUUUCUUGUUCAAUAGUUGUUAUAGGAAUUGUACAUUUUGGUUGAAGACUGAUCAUUUGCUCUAGUGUCGCUUAGUAACUCUAGAUUUGCUGGAGUAUAUGCAAUAGGUUAUUGGGAAAUAAAUACAUAUUAAUGUCGUAACGAAAUAAGAGAGCCUACUUAAUUGACUAACCGGUCAAUUCGAACAACGUGAUAAUACUAGAUACAAGAUCUAAUAGAUAUUUUAUAGUUUAGUUCUUAACUAGUUAUCUUUUGCAGUUAGAUUCGAGAAACCAAUUGUCAUUUCACGCUACAAUUAUUGUGACGUUUUGCGAUAUCCAUUGGAUGUCUAAGUAAUAUCUUAAGCAAAUCUUAAAGAGAUCGUACAAGAGGACAUUCGGAAUCGCGGAUAUGUUUAAUUUGACAUGACUUUCUUAAAUAUCUCGUUAUCGUUUCCGUAUCAUAUCCAGUGGAUAUCUAGAUCAUUGUUCGAAUUGGCCCGUAAGUAUUUCUUUUGUGAAAUAUUGAAACAUCCUCAAGAUAUUGUGUUCAUCUGACCACGUUUGAUACUUACAUUUUAUUACACGAUCGUACCAUAUCGGCAGUCUUAUGCGUAUAGACGAUUUAUAAUUGUACAAUUUUUACACUGUAAAUUAUUAUUAAUGAAUGAAAUAAAUUAUUUCCA